AUGUCAUACGGCAGCGAGACGCCGCACGUCUGGAGCAGCUCAUCUGGCAGUGAGGUGUCUCCAUACGGGCCGCUUUGGGACGCGCCGCCGGCCCCGGUACCGUACCCUGACAUCCUGGCCUUCCCACCGGCCGACCUGGUCUGGUCGGCAGCAGGGUGCGGACGGGCCUCAUCCCGCUCGACGCCGGGCAAGAAGCCGCGCCGUCGGGUCGCCUCUGUAGCUCAGCGUCGAGCCGCCAACAUCCGCGAGAGACGUCGCAUGUUCAACCUGAAUGAAGCUUUCGAUAAAUUACGACGCAAGUAUACUUUGUUCUUCUUGAGUCAAGCAUUGGCCGACAUCAACGUCAUACGACGAAAGAGAGACAUGGUAUCAAUAAAGAAUUUUCUGUAUAGCCUCUUUGGUUCAAAAACAAACAAUGGGAAUAUUUACAGAGUAUUUGACGAUAAUAAUGAUUAUAUAAAAACUAUACCAGAUUAUGGUAGUAAUUUUCGCAAAAUGCCGAUGGUAAACUCACAUGAACUCAUUCAUUAUCAGGGCUUACCAUAUAGACACCUAGUUGAGGAAAAUUCAGCACAAAUAUCGUCGCUUAAGAGGAAAUCGUUAAUUAGUGGAAAAUCAUUCGCAGAAAAUAAUAUUAAGAAAUAUAAUAACAAGAUGAUUUACUGUAAUAGCAAUUCAGACGUUAUUGUACCUGAAAAAAGUAAAAUUUUAGUAGAAAAACCUUUGUUUAUUCGAAAUAGACUUCAAGAUCUAAUUAUGGGGCGUACUAUUUUUCUUCCCAUAACAACGGCAAAAAUUGAAAGAUUUAUUAUUCCUGCUAAUAAAGGAGAGGUGCACGUAUCUAACUAUCCAGUAAAGCGUGUGCCGUACAAAGAACCCAUAAAUAUAAAUGAAGAUCUUAAUUUGCCAAGAUCAUCAUCUCUUCUCUCCUUAAAUAACAAUAUAUCUACAACAACAACUCUACCAGAUCAUGCGAGACUAACGAAAGAGAGUUUACCAAUAAAAACGAAUUCUGCUCUCGAUAUUUCAAAAAUAGUAAGAUUUACCGAACCUGUGCAUUCGAGGUAUAGCUACAAAAAUAUUUACCAGACGCAGCAAAACCAAGAUAUUAAUGUAAAUAAUAACAAUUCAUAUGUGACUUCCUCAACUGUGGCAACAGACUCUACAACGAAAAGUGUACCUUUGAAAAAAGAUAUUAGCAAAGGCUUACCUGCGAAUUACUUUUUCUUACCGCCAAUUCGUACAGAAAAAGCAUCAGUUCAUGUACCAGUAAAUAGAAGAAAACCAGUCCAAGAAAAUUUGUCAGGUGAUAAUUAUUUGGACAUUUCUUUAAAAUAUAAUCCUAUAGUUGUAUUCGACCAUACGAAUAAAAGGAAUGAUCAAGCAAUUAACAUAAAUUUACAGGAAAAACAACGUGGAGAUAUCCCUGAUGUGUCAUUA